AUGCCAUCAAGCGCAAAAGAGACAUUCGGCAAUCCAGCUCCAUGGAGUGAGCCAGCCUGGUCCCAUGGCAUUCCCUCUCCCUAUUACAACAGCACUCACCAGAGGAUUCGCAAUGAGCUCCGAGAAUAUGUGAACCAAAACAUCCUGCCAUACGCUCUUGACUGGGAGGAAAAUGGCGAGGCACCCAAGCAAGCGCGGAUGAAAUGGGCAAGAUCUGGCUUCGCCUUCAAUGACGUGCCUCUUCAGUACAGACCGAAGGAGGUGCCGCAUCCAGCCGGUAUUCCCGUCAACGAGCUGGACGUCUUCCAUCUCUUGAUCCAGACGGAUGAGACUUCUCGCGUCGAAGGUGGCGUGACAUCAAGUCUUGGUGGUGGCUCCGUCAUCGGCAUCCCUCCUCUCAUUCACCACGGCACCGAGGCACAAAAGCGAAACUGGCUUCCUGGCCUCUUCACCUGGGAGACGAGCUUCUGUCUGGGCAUUACGGAGCCAAGCGGCGGUUCGGACGUUGCAAACGUCCAGACUACGGCCGAGAAGACGGCCGACGGCAAGUUCUACAUUGUAAACGGAUACAAGAAGUGGAUCACGGGAGCGCCCUGGGCAACGCACAUGACCACGGCCGUACGCACUGGGGGCCCGGGAAUGCCGGGCAUUUCAGUCCUGGUGAUCCCAACAAGCUCUCCGGGCUUAGCAAUGCGUCGUAUCCCUAACAGUGGACAGAAAGCCGGUGGUGCAUCGCUAGUCGAGCUGGACAAUGUCAAGGUGCCAGCUGAGAACUUGCUUGGAAGAGAGAACGAAGGCUUCAAAGUCAUCAUGGUCAAUUUCAACAGAGAGCGAUACAUCAUGUCGGUCGGCUGCAAUCGAAAGGCAAGGACUUGUCUUGCCAUUGCGUUUGAUUAUGCCAACAAGCGGGAAACUUUUGGCAAACCUCUGAUAGCCAACCAAAUCAUCGCACACAAGUUUGCGACCAUGGCAAGGUAUAUCGAGAGCCACUGGGCCUUCUUGGAGCAAAUCGCAUAUGCUGUUCAGCAGUCUCCGCUGGGAUGGCAGGACCCAGAUGUCGCCGGCCGCAUCGCCUUAGCGAAGGUGCAAGGAGGAAGAAUACAGGAGAUGGCCAAUCGUGAAGCUCAGCAAGUGUUAGGCGGUGCCGGAUACCAGAAAGGAGGGCCUGGAGCUCCGGUCGAGCAGAUGAGUCGGGACUUGAGAAUGAUGGUCGUUGGCGGCGGAUCAGAAGAGAUCAUUGCAGAUCUCGCAGUGAGGCAAGAAACAUUACUUGCGAAGAGGAGAGGAUGGAAGUUGUGA